AUGGCUAGCGUGGACGAUAUUUUCAAGAGGGCAGGACCUCAGAGCGCUGGGACCCAGAACAAACGAAAGCUAGAUGCUGUGCGUGAUCCAAACGAGAUAUACAAAUCGAGCCGGCUGUCGACCGAUGGCAAUUCCAAUCGCCACACACGAGUAGACGAUGACGAGGCUGAAAACGGUGACGAGCAAGACUUCGGGCCAGAGUUGCCACCCGAUGACGAAGGCGGCGAAGACGAGGGAGGUCGCUUCUUCGGGGGCGGUAUAAGCAAGCAAGAGUCGCAGAUUCUAGACUAUGUCGAGGAUGCAGACGUUGGCACUGCGCCGGAUAACAUCGACACGGGGUGGCUACGCAAGACUGCCCUUAGCUUCGAGAAGCAUAUCACAAAAAAUGCGGAAAUGAGAUCAAAAUUUGAGAGCGAGCCCAACAAGUUCAUUGGAAGCGAAGCAGACCUAGAUGCCGACAUCAAGGGCCUCUCGGUUUUGGCUGAACACCCCGAACUCUACCACGACUUCGUGAAACUGGGUUGCCCUGCCAGUCUUGUCGGCUUGCUGGCGCACGAGAACACCGAUAUUGCCAUCGAUGCCAUCGAAAUCAUCGGCGAGCUCACAGAUGAAGAUGUGACUGCAGAAGACGAGCAAUGGAGCGAAUUGGUAGACGCCCUAUUGGACGCUGAUUUGCUUGACCUUCUCGUAUCGAACUUUUCACGUCUCAAUGAAGACGACGAAUCCGAUCGAAACGGUGUUUACUAUGCACUUGGAAUACUAGAGAACUUCUGCUCCAGGAGCCCAGUAGCUUCUCGAAUAUGCAACGAGAAACGUCUAAUACACUGGCUCAUCCAGCGCAUCCAGCGCAAAGAAGCAACCGUCGCACAAAACACGCAAUAUGCAGCCGAAGUCCUUGCCAUCAUAGCGCAAGCAUCAGAAAAAGGCAAAAAGGCACUUGCCGAGGCUGAUGCGGUAGAUAGACUGCUCCAACUCGUGGCGCAGUAUCGCAGACGAGACCCCGAACAGGGCGGCGAGGAGGAAGAGUACAUGGAAAACUUAUUCGAAGCUUUGGCAUGCAUUGCGGACUCGGAUGCUGGAAAGAAGAAAUUUCUGGAAGCCGAAGGUGUCGAGCUCUGCCUCAUCAUACUGAAAGAAGGUAAGAAGGCCAACCCUCCAGCAUUACGUCUGCUCGACCACGCCGCAUCUGGUGUACUUGGUGUUGAGAUCUGCACCAAGACUGUCGAUGCGGGAGGGCUGAAGAUCCUUUUCACUGCAUUUAUGAAGACACACGAGCAUCGCCUCAUCGAUCACCUGGUCAGCAUCUUUGCGAACAUGCUGCGCCGCUUCCCCACAGAGUCUGCAGAGCGCAUCCGCACUCUCGCCAAGUUCGUAGAAAAAGACUACGAGAAGACGGCAAGGUUGGUCAGGUUCUUUCACGAAUACCAGGCCAGAGUGUCUGCUGCCAUGCGGCAGGCUACGAUCAUGGUACCACAGGGCGGACAUGCCGAGGAGUACGACUACGAGAUACUCGCUGCAAGACUUGACAACGGACUCUUUACGUUGCAAUUAAUUGCUGUCACCCUGGCGUGGCUUGCAGCGGAGGACAAUGGCGCAAAACAGAUCAUAAAGAAACUGCUAGAGAGUCGCGACGAGAAUCUCGACUCAUUGCGACUACUCAUACAAGAGCAGCGAGAAGGGAUAGACACAAGCGACGUGGACAAUGAAGAUCUGAGCGAAAUGUUAGGUGCGCUGGUCGAAUGUCUAUGA